CAGCAUCUCGCACCGCCAGUUGCCGUGGAAACCGCAGAAGGAGGCUGCGUCUGCAGACCUAGCUGUAAGCUGUACCGAGGCCCGGGCAUGGAGCUGCCGGAUCCGGUCCGCCAGCGGCUGGGAAACUUCAGCCGGACCGUGUUCAGUGACUCCAGCCGGACGGGGCCAGAGUACAGCGAGGGUCCGGAUAAUGAAAUGGUGUCCAGUUUGGGAUUGCAAAUGUCACUUUAUUUUAACACUUACUUUUUCCCACUUUGGUGGAUAAGCAGCAUUAUGAUGCUUCAGAUGAAGUAUUCAAUCUUGCCUGAUUACUACAAAUUCAUCGUGGUCACUGUUAUCAUCCUAAUAACCAUAAUUGAAGCUAUCAGGUUGUAUCUGGGCUACAUGGGGAACCUACAGGAAAAGGUUCCUGAGUUGGCUGGCUUUUGGCUUUUGAGCCUUUUAUUGCAGCUGCCAUUAAUUCUCUUCUUGCUCUUUAAUGAGGGCCUAACAAAUCUGCCCUUGGAAAAAGCGAUACACAUCAUCUUCACUUUGUUCCUUACUUUCCAAGUUGUUUCAGCCUUUCUUACCCUGAGGAAAAUGGUAAAUCAGUUGGCAACUCGUUUCCACCUCCAAGACUUUGACCGGCUCUCUGCAUAUAGAGGGGGCAUGAGAAGAAUGAGAUCCUGUAUAGAAGAGAUUUGACCCAAUGCUGUUGAGUGAAAAACUCCAAGAUCAGCUCUUCUACCAGACUGUAAGAGGAAAACCUCAGAGUUCUAGCAGGAGAAGGAAGACAAAGCAAGUGUUUUGAACUGUAUAUUCUCUAGAUCUGAAAUUCCAAAGUUGGCGGCAAUGAUGAGACUGUAUAUGAAAGUAGUAAGUCAACCCUAAAUACCUAAAGCCUAGAUAUCGUCCACAUGGUGCCAAUUAUCUUAAUAUUUUUGUCGUUGACUUUUCAGGUGUGUAGAUACCAGUGCUGGUAGUCACAGGUUACCAGCUUUACAGGACUAUUUCUUGUUAGCACCCAAAACCACAAAUGUGUAUAUUUGUUUUAAACUUGCUGGCUGUCCAUGUCUUGGCAGUACAUCUGAAGCAUAAGGCAAUUCUUGUCAAUAUUCUGGUGUAUUAAACUAUAUUUGUAAAUCAAGGCACCAAAUUUUCAUGUCUGCUAAGAUUAAAUUCUAACCCUCCUCUUAGCUUUUAUGUUGAAGUUUAAAAACAGGUGGAUUAUCAUGGUAUUUUGAAAAUCAUAAAAUUGUAAUUUUCAUAAAACGAUGUUCAGUAUUUAUAGUGGUGGUAUGCAAGAUAUCUUUAUAAUAAAUUAUGAAAUACUGAUGUUAAAGUAUUUGCAACAAAUCAUUCCUGUCUUGUAUAAUUCUGUUGGGCUGUGGGUUUAUUAUUUUUAUUACAGAGUUGUUAGGGAAGAAAAGAGAAAAAUAUAUCCAUUAGAGAGCCGUUUAUGUAGUGAGCACUGCACUAGGCACGUUAACCCUUGUGAUCUCAUCUACUAAAUCAUUGCUCACUGAAGAACUCAUAGCCAGUAAAUACACAUGAGGCUUGAUUUGAAAAGCAGGGUUCCUCUUAAUACACAAUGAGAGCAGAGAUGAAUAAGGGGACUAUACUCAAGACCUUAAAUCAGGAUGUCCCCUUGCUAAUGGGAGAAAUCUAUUUAAGGAAGUUCUGUUGAGAAUAAAGCUGCAUGGGUGUAUCUGAACAUUAUUUUCAGUGAUUAUUGGAUUGUCUUCAGGAUAUAAUAUUUUCUUUCCUACAGAGAAAUGUGCCUUUAUAAGUAAUGUAUUUUACUGAGAGACAGUUGUGGCUACAAUAAAAAGUAUUCCUUUCAAUUUUCCUUUUCUAUAAUUCAGGCUCAUCCUAGUAUCCCCCUGUUUUGCCUUAUUCAUUCUUUUAUUACCUACUUUUUGAAAAAUUUUU